AUGACGGAAUCCGACAAAUACGAGGUGCUGGAGAAGAUCGGCCAUGGCUCCUUUGGAGUUAUCCGACGAGUCAGACGCAAGGUCGAUGGACUGGUCAUGUGCAGGAAAGAGAUCAGCUACCUGAAGAUGUCGCAAAAGGAGCGUGAGCAGUUGCACGCGGAAUUCCAGAUCCUAUCAGGCCUCCGACACCCCAACAUCGUCGCCUACUACCACCGAGAACAUCUGAAGUUGUCCCAAGACCUGCACUUCUACAUGGAGUACUGCGGCAAUGGCGACCUCGGACGUGUCAUCCGAGACCUCGCGCUAAAGAACAAGUACGCCGACGAGGCUUUUGUCUGGAGCAUCUUCUCACAGCUCAUCAUGGCAUUGUACCGGUGUCAUUACGGCGUCGACCCCCCAGAGGUCGGCAAGAAUGUGCUCGGUCUUGGUCCUCUGGCUAAGCCAAAGACACUUGCGGGUGGCAUGACCAUUUUGCAUCGCGACCUGAAGCCUGAGAAUGUCUUCCUCAACGAGGACAACUCUGUCAAGCUUGGAGACUUUGGUCUGUCCAAGAUCAUGUCGUCCCACGACUUCGCCUCCACCUAUGUCGGCACGCCCUUCUACAUGUCCCCCGAGAUCUGUGCGGCAGAACGAUACACCCUCAAGUCAGACAUUUGGUCCCUGGGCUGCAUCAUCUACGAGCUUUGUACGAGAGAGCCUCCCUUCAAUGCCAAGUCCCACUACCAGCUGGUCCAAAAGAUCAAGGACGGCAAGAUCAACAGUCUACCUAAGGUGUAUUCGAAGGAUCUUUCCGACGCAAUCAAGAGCUGCUUGAAGGUCAACCCCGAUGACCGACCAAGCACGGCAGAUCUACUCAACCACCCCGUCGUGCGCCUCAUGCGAAAGGAGAAAGAGGUUGUCGAGAUGAGCAAUCUUCUCAAAGUAAAGGAGGAUACCCUGAGCAAGAAGAUGGUCGAGAUUGAGCGCAAGCUUGCCAAUGCCGACGCGGACAAGUCUUCCAUGCGUCACGAGAUCGAGGGAUCAUUACGAAGAGAGUGGGAAGUUAAGGCGCGACUCGAGAUCGACCGCCUAGUCAACGAAGAGAUGGAGUCGCUGAGACAACGCUUCGAGGCCGAAGUCACGGCACGGGUGCAAGAAGAGUUACAGAAGAAGCAGGUCUCCUUCGGCACCAUCGAGACACAGGAAUACGUCUCCUCGCUCACCAAGUCCGACUAUCCCCAAUCCAUUGGAAGCCACAGCACCGGGCAUAGCACAGAUGCGGAUGGCGACUUCCCAUCUACCACUGAUAUUACAGAGCUCUCUAUUGACUCUCCAGAGCCGGUCCAGCCUCUCAGGAAGAGCGCCAGAACACCCUUCGGCCGCGCACAAACCAUGUUCGCUGGUCCUUUGGGUACACCAAUGGAUAUUGAGAUGGCUUCGCCAUCUCCCAUUCCUCUUGCGGCUUUGUCAUUAUCGCCCCGUCGUAAUGCUGCUGCCAAAGCACCUACAUCACACCCAGAUAUCUUUGCCGGCAGCGACGGCGACAGGUUUAGAGACAUGGAGCCAAUCUUGUCAGACUCGGAAGAUGACGAUGAACCGAUAAUUCCGUCUCCGUCACGCAACAUCAAGUCGACUAAGAAUCCCUUCGGCUCGAGACGCCCGAACCUCACAAGCACCAAGACAGCCCCCAUGGGACAAAUCAAGGCCCUGAACCUCAACAAGCCUGUUCCCUCGUUGCCCCCUGUCACCGCUCAGAGCAAGCCAGGGAGCAAUGGCCCACUUCGGGAGCGCAAUAAUUCGCCUAACAGACGACUUAGCAAGAUCCCUUCGGCGGCAAACCUGCUUGCCCAAGCCAAUGGCGAGAACCCCAAUGGCCUCACACGCAAGAACUCGCAAAAGGAGUCAUCUGACAGCGAGACCAGCAAGAUUGGCGUUAGCAAGGUUCCCGUCAAGAACAACAUCCGUGGUCGCACCCUCAUCGAGCUGCAACAGGCUCGCGCCGGUGGUCGUGUACCAGACGUCAGCCCCAAGCGCACCAAUUCAUUCAAGGAGCGAGCUGCCGCUGCAGACCGCUUUAUGGAACCCGCAGCAGUCUGGGAUCCUGAGACGGACGAAAUGCCCAGCCCGUUCCUGGUACGUAAGAAGCCAAUGGUGCGGGUUUGA